AUGGGAAAUUUGCCUGGACACCGUGUGCAACCAGCUCGACCAUUUCUCAGCACUGGAGUUGAUUAUUGUGACCCAAUAUGGGUUCACUACAAAACAAGAGGUAAGCGUCCACAAAAGGCGUAUAUCGCUGUCUUUUGCUGUUUUGCAACCAAGGCCGUACACUUAAAACUUGUGACUGAUCUUACCACAGAUGCAUUCAUUGGAGCAUUAAAACGCUUCAUAGCAAGACGAGGAUGCUGUAAAACGUUAUACUGCGACAAUGCGACUAACUUCGUUGGAGCGAAAAACAAGUUGCAGGAACUUACUGACAUCAUCUACGGUGAUCGGGCGUGUGAAUCAAUCGCAGGAAUGUGCAGUACGAAAGGCAUAGAAUUUCACUUCAUUUCACCAAGGUCACCACAUUUCGGCGGGUUAUGGGAGGCAGCAGUAAAAUCUGUCAAAUAUUUGCUGGUCAAAAAUGUUUCAACAGCCUCACUUACAUAUGAAGAGCUUGAAACUGUCGUUAUUGAAGUUGAAGCGAUGUUGAACUCCCGACCCCUUAUUCCUAGCUCAUCAGAUGCAAACGAUUUGAACGCAAUAACUCCAGGUCAUUUUUUAAUAGGUGAAGAAAACACUUCAAGCGUUGUUGUGCAUGCACGUGACUCUAAAGAAAAAUUACUUAAACGCUGGCAACUAGUAUCAGAGCUAAAACACAGUUUUUGGCAGCGCUGGACUAAAGAGUGUCUAAGCGAAUUACAACAGCGCCACAAGUGGAAGGGUCGAAUCACCAACAUACAGAUCAAUACGAUGGUAAUCCUUAAGGAAGACAAUGUCCCAGUUCUGUAA